AUGGCCACAUUCUUCUUUAGAAAUUUGACAGAAUAUGAUCCAACCCUCCUCGGAUCAACAUGUAUCAAUGUCCAGAGUAAGAGAUUUGGAGAGGAAGGAAUAGCUUUGGAAUCAAUUUUAAAUACGACCAAUAAGUAUAGAAGAAAGCAUAAUUUGAAUGAAUUGACUGAAGAGAGCGUUAGAGAGUAUGAAGUUCAAAUUCUUGAAAUAAUAGAAUAUGAAAUCAAUACAAUAUCAUUGUUUGAUUUUGUAGAGUUGCUCACUGGUUGUGUGUACGACUUGUCUUGCCCUCAAGUUAUUCCCUUUGUGAAGGAGAAGUUUAUAGCGAUGGCUUCAAAGCUUUACGAUUACUUGUUAUUUAAACCAGGUUUCUUGUCUCUCCAAAGAGAUCCAUGUUUGUUUGCAAGUACAUUGAUCUUUCUUUCCUCCAAGAUUAUAACCUCAAAGAGAAAUGAGGCACUCCUGUCAUGGCGUAAGUAA